UCACUCACAGUCGCAGUCGUUCGUUUGAAGUUGGUCGAGGUUUUUCGUAUUUAGGAACCGUACCGUGUGAUUAUAGUGACGAAUACGCUACAGCGCAGAAAAAAUAGAGGAAAAAAUUAAAAUCAGCAGAUUCUUCCCCUUUGUAUAGAGAGCCCAAAGCUGGUGACGAGAAGUUUACGGGUUUUGUGGAAAACGAUUACUUCCGGAAUUUUUAAACCCUCUGGAACAAAGCGUAAAGUGAACCACUACCAUUCUAGUGUAUCCGGUCAUCGUCUGUCCGGAUUAUAAGCUGAAAAUAAUAUUUUAAUAAAGUGAGAGUGUGCUGUGAACAAAGAUAAGAAAGCACUGUGAUAUUUUUCCUGUGCUGUUUAAAAUCUCGAAUAGGUACGAAAGGUGGGAGGAAGAAGGUGCUGUUCUGCUCGAAUAUUGUGCAACGUAAUACCAGUCUUGGAAUACACAACGAGAAGUUUUGGUGUUUUUUUGGGAAAUCCCAGGAAAACCAGUCAAACGGGAAAGCAAUCACAAGGUAGCGACCCAACCCCACAUCUGCAGAAGGAUUUCCGAAUAACCAAUCUAGUCCGUGGAACUCGAGAAAGUCCCAGCCAAAAUGUCCUACGCCUACUUGUUCAAGUACAUCAUCAUCGGAGACACGGGUGUUGGCAAAUCGUGUCUGCUGUUGCAGUUCACCGACAAGCGCUUCCAGCCGGUGCAUGAUCUGACGAUCGGGGUCGAGUUCGGGGCCCGCAUGAUCACCAUCGAUGGCAAACAGAUUAAGCUGCAGAUCUGGGACACGGCCGGACAGGAAGCAUUCCGCUCGAUCACCCGGUCGUACUAUCGGGGUGCUGCGGGUGCUCUGCUGGUGUACGACAUCACCCGGCGGGAAACGUUCAACCAUUUGACCACCUGGCUGGAGGAUGCCCGGCAACACUCGAACUCCAACAUGGUUAUCAUGCUGAUCGGUAACAAGAGCGAUCUGGACUCGAGACGUGAGGUCAAGAAGGAAGAAGGUGAGGCAUUUGCCCGGGAACACGGACUAGUCUUUAUGGAAACUUCGGCCCGUACGGCAGCUAACGUGGAAGAAGCUUUCAUCAACACGGCGAAGGAAAUUUACGAGAAAAUCCAGGAAGGUGUAUUCGAUAUCAAUAAUGAGGCAAACGGUAUCAAGAUCGGGCAACAGCACUCGCCCACAAACCCAUCACUUGGAAGCGGAAACAACGCUGGCGGUCAGUCGAGCAGUGGUUGCUGUUAAAAGCCCCAAAACCAGCAGCAAACUGGAGCAGUUUGAAAUGUUGAGAGUUAAAGGAAAGUGUACCGUUUGUUUGCCAUCGUUUGCCAAAUAACAGCAGAAGCAAGCAAACCAUCGGGGAAAGUUUCUACAAGCAUUCAAAUAAUAGACCUACAACAAAAACACACACCGUAUUUUUGCCGACUACCGGAGCAAAAUCGUUUACAUACAAUUACCAGAUUACUCUUUCAGCAAAACUAGAAAACAAGAAUUUGAAAUCAUAAUUCUAUAGACAUUGGAUAGCGCAUACACCCAUACCCUAAACGACGGAAAACAAAACUCGGAUCUCCUGUAACGGCGCUAGAAUUACAAUAAUUGCCUGACUAUGGAGUAAGCGGAAAAUCUAUACACACACCUUAAUGUCUCUGUGCGUUUAUAAAAGAAAACUGUAUACCGGUUCAAAGGUAAAUUAUUCAUAUGUGUGUGUGUGCUGCGCGUUGCGGGGCAGUUUUUUCAAGACUGGUUCAAAAUAUGGGACGCGUACUGCAAAUGUUGUAAAAUAAAACUUAUUUUUAUUUUUUCUUUAUAUUACUAUUCUUAUCUUAAAACUCUGAUAGUUGAUAGCAUGCAUAAAUAUCGAAGUUACUGAAGACUACCCGUGUACCGGAGAUUAGGAACUAUCAUUUGAAUCUGGGAUAAUUUUAUCAUUUCCAACAUCUAAAUAAUAAUCAUGAUUACAAAGGUAUCGCUAUCAAUUGUAAGAUUAUUUCAGCAUAGUACCAUAUAAUUUGCUAACCCACACAGUUUAAAAGACACAAACGGAAAACCAAUAUGAAAUUUAGAGAAACCAUUCAAUAGCAAAAACGAAGCUUUUACCAAAUAGGAUGUGUUUUUAUGUUUCGUCUUAUGUUGUUCACAAUCGUAGCGGGUUGAAUAAGUUCAAAUAUAAACCGAUUAGAAACAGUGCUGUAGAGUUUUACUUGAUUGAAUCAUGCCAGUUAACAAAAAAAUUUAUGAAAAUCACUAUUGAAAACUUUUAAGAGAGCAAACAAAAUAUAUUCACACAAAAUCAAUUGGCAGCAGCUUGACGGUACAAACGAACAAUUAAGUAAAUAAAUUUUACCGCGGAGCAAUUUUUUCAAUUAAAUAUCGAUCGUACGUAUAUUAUACAUUCAAACAUGAUUGCUGCUUGUGGAAAUUAUUGGUUCAAUAAGUAUGUAUUUGAAAAUACGGCAAACCCCGCGAGUGUCGAAAGUGGUGAUGAAAAUUGCGUAUUUUGUGUUUUUUAUUCUGUUCAGUUGUGAUCAAAUUAUCAAAUAAACUAAAUAUAAUCUUACAAUGAUAAAAAGUACACUCUUAA